UUUCUUUUAUUAUAUUGACUUCGCGAAGAAAGAUUUCUGAAUUCGCCGCUGCGCUGCAUAAACCUUAUGGCUUCGUUGGCGGCCCUCAGAGAGCUCCAGCGCGACCUUGAAUCCCAAGCCAACGCCCUCAGCAAACUCCAGAAAGACAUCGCCAAGAACCACCGGGUGAGGAAGCAGUACACCAUCCAGCUCGGCGAGAACGAGCUCGUCCUCAAGGAAUUGGAGUUGUUGAAUGAGAAUGCCAAUGUGUAUAAGCUGAUAGGGCCGGUGCUCGUGAAGCAAGACCUGGCGGAGGCGAAGGCCAACGUCCGCAAGAGGAUAGAGUACAUCUCUGCCGAACUGAAGCGGCUUGAUGGGACCCUUCAAGAUUUGGAAGACAGGCAGAACAACAAGAAGGAUUCG